AGGUGCGAGAGGUCAAGAAGUUCUUCCCAAUGUCACCGAUCUACGUGAUGAGCGAUGGCGGCCUAGACUUCAGCGCAUUGUGUGCGAAGGAGGGCUGCACUUUUGUGUUGUGCCCACCAGCGAACGAUCGCUGGCAUCCAUGGCCUUUCUUCAGACGAUUAUUCGAUGCAGCUGUCAGCCUCAACACCAAGUACGUCAUCAUGUUGGAACCGGACAAUACCGUGCACGACUACAUUAAACGUCCACCACCAGCGGACGUGGGCGGUCUGCUUGUGACGGGACGGUCAUUUGGAUUGGUGAAGUAUGUUGAAAAAAUGGCUCAGAAGCGUGUUCCUGGCUUCAAAUGGUCUUCGCGAAGCAUGUCAUCAGGGCUUUGUGGCGGAGCCUAUUUCAAACGUGAGGCCAUCCUUGACGCCCUGUCGGAUGACAACAUGAUGAAGCUGGACUGGAACUACUUAGGUGAGAAGUUGAGCAAAGAAAUCUUUUCUUCCGACUUUGCGCUGCAGUAUGCCUUCGCAGCUCGAGGAUGGAAAAUUGAGCCAUGGGAUGAUGCGGCCCAGAUGGACAAGGACAAAGACCAGCCUUUAACUGGAGCCCGCGAUGCCAGCUUCAAGCACUAUUGCUCCUGCUAUCCUGGUGGCAAGCCGACCUACAACCUGAAGCUUGCCAAAGAGGAUGCAAAACUUUACAAGGAGAGUGGGUAUGAGAUGACUUCAGGACCAUAUUCUUCAAGCGUCUGCCAGGUUUGCUAUAAUUACACUCGAUAUGUGGAGCUUUGGGGAUCAGCCAGAUGCACAAACGAAAUCCCUUUUCAGCUUUCGGAAAAACUCUUGCAAAGGCAUCACCCAGACUUGGACUCAAAACCUUGUAAUCUGCCUUGGCUUUGCAAGCCUGGGAAGAAGCGUGGCAAAGGCAUUGAAUCCUCAGUGGAGUUUGCUCCUGUUGAUCCGCUAGCCACCUACAAACUUCUGGACGAGCCGACCUCCAGUUGCCCACCAGAGACCAAGAUGUUGGAAUCUGUAAACCAGUGCCAAGAUGCAGCAAUGAAGCUGCAGAAGAAGUUGGCCUACACAGACGAGCUCUACCAAGAGGCAGAUCCGCCCGGCUGUGUUUUCCGUGUCUCCGACGACGACGUCUACUUCAACGCACCCGAAGAAGGCCAGACGAAUGGGAACCGACGGUUGAUUUGUCAAAUUCUACGCAUUGCAUAGUACCGAAAGGGCCGCAGGCCGCUAUGUUUGGAGCUAUGCUUGAGCAAACGCUCGCAAACGCUGCAAAUAAGUCCGGUAAUAGUCCGGUACCACAAUAACGAAAAGAAGACAGAAGAAUCUUUGGACCAAUAUUGCAGAUGCUGGAGCUGGAAAACUUGCCGGUCCGUAGACAUCUUGAAAAACAA